AUGCUCUCCUAUAUAUACAUAUAUAUAAGCACCACCUCACUCUCUGCUUCCUCACCUCCUUCCAUGGCCGAGCCACCACGCGAGAGCCGCCGCAAAGGAACUACCACCAAGCAACCCGCUGUUCUUGGGGAUGCUGAGGCGACCGCAGCACCAUCAACUGCUCCCUGUGGGGCAUGCAAAUUCUUGAGGAGGAGGUGCAUAAGCGGGUGCAUCUUUGCUCCGCACUUUGGGUCAGACCAGGGUGCAGCAAGGUUUGCGGCGGUGCACAAGGUGUUCGGAGCAAGCAACGUGUCCAAGCUCUUAUUGCACAUUCCUAUGAGCCGCCGGCAUGAUGCAGUCGUUACCAUCUCAUAUGAAGCUCAGGCAAGGCUGUCUGAUCCUGUGUAUGGUUGUGUGUCUACUGUAGUUGCUCUAAAACAACAGGUCGCAGCACUGCAAGCAGAGUUGGCAAUGGUGCAGACACAGCUGAUAAGCAGUAGAUUGGCAGUGGCUGAUGCCCUCCAAAGUUCGCAGCAACAGCAGCAGCUCAUUGCAGUUAUGCAGCCAGCAUAUUCCAACAAUUCCUCAGCUUCAAACAAUGACUUUGUCAACAUUAACACGAGCAGCUUCACUACUAAUUUGGAAAUUUCAACAGAGGCUGUGGACCCUUCAUCUCACACCACUCUCGAGCCUCUUCAAUUCUGUCAACAAUCCCAAGAUGAGGAAGACGAGAAAGAGAGUCAGAAUCCAAUCACUUUUGCCAAUCAAAUAUUUCACCCCCGAUAACUUCGAAAAACUGUAACUGUAAUGCCCAUGAGUGCUCUCUAACCUAGCUGCAUGUACAAGCCCACCACUUAUUCAACAGGUCUUCCCUAUCUGAUGCAGAAAGCCUUUUUUUCAUUUUGUUUCUCCAUGCCAGUGUUUUUUUGUCAAUGAAAACUCAAAUAGAAAUUCCGUUAAAUGAAUAGAAAAAGGAACUUGGCAACAGGUCCUCAAUCUAUUACCAACUUG